UGUGUACGUUCGUUCGUUAUUAAAUUAACGGUUUUUGUUUUCGUUAAAAAAAAACCAACUCAAACCUUUAACAUAAAAUGAAAUUUGCGUGUAUUAUUUCGAAAUUAUUUGUUUAUUUAAGUUUUUUAGUGGCUGUUUGCCAAACAUACCCAGUGGUAAAUAGUGAUGGCUCCUAUAAUGCAGAACUUUCCGAGCCAGAAUUGUCACAUCAAACAGAAUUAAGUGAUGAUGAUUUAGCUUUACAUUCACAAGCAGAGCUUUCAUCAGAUUCCGGUGCAUUAAGGAUUUCUUUAUUUAAAGCUGCCGAGAAAACCCGGGAGUCGGUCAAUUUGGAAACUGAGGGAGUACCAUCAAAAGUUUUAAGUCUCUACGAUAAAACUCAAAAGAAAUAUUUUGAUAAAACACAGCCUUUACCCAUUUUGGAUACCAUAAGUGAACAUGAAAAAUAUGGUAAUAAUGGUGACAUGUUUGAUGGCAUUUCUCGUAGUCUGGUAAAUGGUUAUGAGGCCUUUUCCAAUCUAUUAAAUACUUUAAUACAGAAACCCAAAGAAAUAGCUCGUUCCAUAUCGAAAGGCAUUACCGCACAAUUGGAUGUUAUAGGUGGUAAAAUUGUGGGAUUGUAGUAAUUUAGUUGUUUUUUUUUUUAUUAAGUUUUUUUAUUUUUUAUUAAAUAUUGUUAUUAUUUUAGCAAACAUUUCUUACUUUUAUAUGUAUUUGC